CAGCAUGGACACCAAAUUACUCCCUGCAGACUUUGGAACUGCCGGUGAACUUAUCUUUUACAGUUUCCCAGGAGACUUCUUAGUAGCCUCUUCCUUUUUUUGAAUUAGUAUUAGAAAGUUAAGAUCAAAAUGAGUUCAAGCCUAUGGAGUCAAGAAAAAGUGACUUCACCCUACUGGGAAGAGCGGAUAUUUUAUUUGCUGCUUCAAGAAUGUAGUGUGACGGACAAACAAACUCAGAAGCUGCUGAAAGUGCCCAAGGGGAGCAUAGGCCAGUACAUUCAAGAUCGUUCUUUGGGGCACUCGAGAAUUCCUUCUGCAAAAGGCAAGAAGAACCAGAUUGGAUUAAAACUUUUAGAGCAGCCUCAUGCCGUUCUUUUUGUUGAUGAAAAGGAUGUCGUGGAAAUAACUGAAAAAUUCACAGAGUUACUUUUGGCAAUCACCAACUGUGAGGAGAGAUUCAGCCUGUUUAAAAACAGAAAUAGACUAAGUAAAGGCCUCCAAAUAGAUGUGGGGUGCCAUGUGAAAGUCCAGCUGAGGUCUGGGGAAGAAAAGUUUCCUGGAGUCGUGCGCUUCCGAGGACCCCUGUUAGCAGAGAGGACGGUGUCCGGAAUAUUCUUUGGAGUAGAAUUGCUGGAAGAAGGCCGUGGCCAAGGGUUCACUGAUGGAAUAUAUCAAGGAAAGCAGCUCUUUCAGUGCGACGAAGACUGUGGAGUGUUUGUUGCCAUGGACAAAAUAGAAAUCAUAGAAGAUGAUGACACAGGGUUGGAAAAUGAUUAUGCAGGCCCAGUGGACACCAUGCAAGUUGAACUUCCCCCUUUGGAAAUAAAUUCCAGGGUUUCUUUGAAGGUUGGAGAAACUUUAGAAUCUGGAACUGUUAUAUUCUGUGAUGUUUUGCCAGGAAAAGAAAAUUUAGGAUAUUUUGUUGGUGUGGACAUGGAUAAUCCUAUUGGCAACUGGGAUGGAAGAUUUAAUGGAGUCCAGCUUUGUAGUUUUGCCAGUGUUGAAAGUACGCUUCUUUUGCAUAUCAAUGAUAUCAUCCCAGAUAGUGUGACACAAGAAAGGAGACCUCCCAAACUUGCUUUUAUGUCAAGAGGUGUUGGGGACAAAGGUUCAUCCAGUCAUAAUAAACCAAAGGCUAUAGGAUCUACCUCAGACCCUGGAAGUAGAAACAGAUCUGAAUUAUUUUAUACUUUCAAUGGCUCUUCUGUUGAUUCUUAUCCACAGUCCAAAUCAAAAAAUACUUGGUACAUUGAUGAAGUUGCUGAAGACCCUGCAAAAUCACUUUCGGAGCUAUCUCCAGACUUUGGACAUUCAUCGCCACCCCUGCAACCCCCUUCCAUCAACUCACUGUCCAGUGAAAACAGAUUUCACUCUUUACCAUUUAGUCUCACAAAGAUGCCCAAUACUAACGGGAGUAUUGGGCACAAUCCGCUUUCUCUGUCAGUUCAGUCUGUGAUGGGAGAGCUAAACAGUGCACCUGUGCAGGAAAGUCCACCCUUGGCCGUGUCUUCCGGUAACUCCCACGGUCUGGAAGUAGGCUCCCUGGCCGAAGUGAAAGAGAACCCACCUUUCUAUGGAGUCAUCCGCUGGAUUGGUCAACCACCGGGACUCAAUGAAGUGCUGGCUGGACUAGAGCUGGAAGACGAGUGUGCCGGCUGCACAGAUGGAACCUUUAAGGGGACGCGGUAUUUCACCUGUGCCCUGAAGAAGGCGUUGUUUGUGAAGCUCAAGAGCUGUAGGCCUGAUUCUAGGUUUGCAUCACUACAGCCGGUCUCCAAUCAGAUUGAGCGCUGCAACUCUUUAGCAUUUGGAGGCUACUUAAGUGAAGUAGUAGAAGAAAAUACUCCACCAAAAAUGGAAAAGGAAGGUUUAGAGAUAAUGAUUGGAAAAAAGAAAGGAAUUCAAGGUCAUUACAAUUCUUGUUACUUAGAUUCCACUUUAUUCUGCUUAUUUGCUUUUAGUUCUGUACUGGACACUGUGCUACUUAGACCCAAAGAAAAGAAUGACGUAGAAUAUUACAGUGAAACUCAAGGAUUGCUGAGGACAGAAAUUGUUAAUCCUUUGAGAAUAUACGGAUAUGUGUGUGCCACAAAAAUUAUGAAACUGAGGAAAAUACUUGAAAAAGUUGAGGCUGCAUCUGGAUUUACCUCUGAAGAAAAAGAUCCUGAAGAAUUCUUGAAUAUCCUGUUUCAUCAUAUUUUAAGGGUAGAGCCAUUGUUAAAAAUAAGGUCAGCGGGUCAAAAAGUACAAGAUUGUUACUUCUAUCAAAUUUUUAUGGAAAAAAAUGAGAAAGUUGGAGUUCCUACAAUUCAGCAGUUGUUAGAAUGGUCUUUUAUCAACAGCAAUUUGAAAUUUGCAGAGGCACCAUCUUGUCUUAUUAUUCAGAUGCCUCGAUUUGGAAAAGACUUUAAACUGUUUAAAAAGAUUUUCCCUUCUCUGGAAUUAAACAUAACAGAUUUACUUGAGGACACUCCCAGGCAGUGCCGGAUCUGUGGGGGCCUUGCGAUGUACGAAUGUAAGGAGUGCUAUGAUGACCCUGACAUCUCAUCAGGAAAAAUCAAACAGUUCUGCAAAACCUGCAACAACCAGGUCCACCUUCAUCCUAAGAGGUUGAAUCACAAAUACAACCCAGUGUCACUUCCCAAGGAUUUACCUGACUGGGACUGGAGACAUGGCUGCAUCCCCUGCCAGAAGAUGGAAUUAUUUGCUGUGCUUUGCAUAGAAACCAGCCACUAUGUUGCUUUUGUGAAGUACGGCAAAGACGACUCUGCCUGGCUCUUCUUUGACAGCAUGGCUGAUCGAGAUGGUGGCCAGAAUGGCUUCAACAUUCCCCAAGUCACUCCAUGCCCAGAAGUAGGAGAAUACUUAAAAAUGUCCGUCGAAGAGCUCCAUUCCUUGGACUCCAGAAGAAUCCAAGGCUGUGCGCGAAGACUGCUUUGUGAUGCGUACAUGUGCAUGUACCAGAGUCCAACGAUGAGCCUGUAUAAGUGAACGGCAUCCCCCAGAUAGGUGAAUAAACUGAGGCUAGAGUUUUAAGGUUGCAUUUUACUUGAGCUGGCGGUUUUGUUCCCAUCCAUUGCCGGCAAUGGAUAACUUUGUGGUGAGAAUCCCUCCGAAAAGGAUUCCCGUAUUUAAAAAUCAAUUGCUUUUGUGUUACCGAAUUAUUUAAUAAGAAGCAUUUUGCACUCUAGAAAAUACGUUUGUGUUGGUUUUUUAAGACGUCUAAAUGAAGUUAUUAAUACCUGAAGCUUUACGUUUAAGUGCAUUGAUCAUAAUGAUAUUUUUUGAAGCAUAAAAUUUUAAUUGUGACAGUGUAAAACCUCUCUUAGUCCGUUGAGAAUGUAAAUAAAUAUGUCUUCUUUAUG